GGACGUGUUUCGCACACUCUCAAGCAACGUGUGGAGUUAGAGCCGCAAUCACAGACUCUAACCAAAACAUUUCUCACCAAACCCGAAAAAGUAACAAAGUCUCGUCUCAUCUUUUGCCCCUCAUAUUCUCUCUUCUUCUCCAUCUUCUUCAGAGCUCUCGCUCUCUAUCUCUCUCUCCGUGUGUUUUUGAAGCAACUUAGAGGACAUCGAUGGAGUCAAUCUCUCCAAGAUAUCAAGAAACUCAGAACGCAAGCCCGUCUUUCUUGCCAUCCCCCAACAGCCGUAGCUCCAACAGUAGCAGCAGCAGCAGCGCCACCAACAGCAAUGGACUCCAGCCCACGCCACCCCCGACCCCACCACCACUGCAACACCAACACCAACAACAACAACACCAACCUUUCAGACCCAUCACCAGAUCCGAAUCUACCAACCCGUAUCCGACCACCUUUGUCCAAGCCGACACCUCCUCUUUCAAACAAGUCGUCCAAAUGCUCACCGGAUCCUCCGAGACCUCCAGGCACGCCUCCUCCCCCAAGCCCACGACCAACAACAGUCCCGUAACCGACUCUCCGUCAAAGACCCACAUCCCACCUAUAAAAUCCAUCAUGCCCAAGAAGCAACAAUCCGGAUUCAAGCUUUACGAGCGCCGAAGUUCCCUCAAUAACCUCAAGAUCAACCCCUUGAUCCCUGUAUUCGCUCCCAACAAUUCCGGGUUCUCCCCCCGUAAGCCCGAGAUCCUCUCCCCGAGCAUUCUUGACUUCCCGGCGCUCACUCUCAGCCCCGUCACGCCGCUCAUACACGACCCCUUUGACCGAUCCGCUUACGUCUCCUUCCAAAGCAACGUUAAUGCCAAUGUUAAUGCUAUGUUAGACGAGGAGGCUGAGGAAAAAGCGAUCAAAGAGAAGGGUUUUUACCUGCACCCCUCUCCGGCGACGACGCCGAGGGAAUCCGAGCCCCGCCUUUUGCCUCUGUUCCCAACGACGUCGCCGAGAGUUUCAGGUUCUUCUUGAAAUAAUUAAAUUUUAACUUUGUGUAAGUUUAUAUGUAUUAAUGUUGGCAUUGAGGAGGAUAAAAAACGAUGUAUUUGUACUGGGAUGUUUGCGGAGAAUGAGAGCAUCUUGAUUCAGUCGUAAAA